AUGGAGGUGACACGAAGUCACACUGUGAACAUUGCCACCAAUCUAAACCUGCAGUCAGAUCACAAUUCAGACCUUUUACCCCCUAUCGGAGAAAAAACUGUGAGGUUCAGGACAGAUGAUGCAGCCAUGGAUGUGACUCAAAGUCACACUGUAAAUAUUGCCACCAAUCUAAACCUGCAGUCAGAUCACAAUUCAGACCUUUUACCCCCUAUCGGAGAAAAAACUGUGAGGUUCAGUACAGAUGAUGCAGCCAUGGAUGUGACACGAAGUCACACUGUGAACAUUGCCACCAAUCUAAACCUGCAGUCAGAUCACAAUUCAGACCUUUUACCCCCUAUCGGAGAAAAAACUGUGAGGUUCAGUACAGAUGAUGCAGCCAUGGAUGUGACUCGAAGUCGCACGGUGAACAUUGCCACCGAUGUAAAGUUGCUGUCAGAUCACAGUUUACCUCUCAAUGGAGAAAAAACUGUGAGGUUUGGUACAGAUGAUGCAGCCAUGGAGGUGACACGAAGUCACACUGUGAACAUUGCCACCAAUCUAAACCUGCAGUCAGAUCACAAUUCAGACCUUUUACCUCCUGUUGGAGAAAAAACUGUGAGGUUUGGUACAGAUGAUGCUGCCAUGGAUGUGACUCGAAGUCACACGGUGAACAUUGCCACCGAUGUAAAGUUGCUGUCAGAUCACAGUUUACCUCUCAAUGGAGAAAAAACUGUGAGGUUUGGUACAGAUGAUGCAGCCAUGGAUGUGACUCGAAGUCACACUGUGAACAUUGCCACUAAUCUAAAUCUGCAGCCAGAUCACAAUUCAGACCUUUUACCUCCUGUCGGAGAAAAAACUGUGAGGUUUAAUAAAGAUGAUGCAGCGAUGGAUAUGACACGAAGUCACACUGUAAAGAUUGCCACCAAUUUUGACAAGAAGUUACAUCAAAAUGUGGAUUUUCCACCUACCUCUGAAGAGAAAACGGGGAGGUUCAAUGCAAAUGAUGGAGCAAUGGAUAUGACGGAGUGCCUCACUGAAAGUAUUCCAAGUGUUUCUGCACCAUACCCGGUUCUACCAUUGCAAAAGGUUCUGCCCAUCCAGGAAAUCCAGGGUUUUUCUUUUAAAGUAGAGAAAUCAAAUAGUGAAGCCUGUGGUCUGCGUGGAAACAUAUCUUCAUCAGCACAUGAUUUAUAUCAAGAAUUUAAAAACUUGUCAAACACAAGUGACCCGUGGACUGAUAUUAAAUCACAGGACAAUGAUAUACCAUCCCCUCAAAAAGCUACUGACCCAAGGGACAUACUGAUACAGCUUAAAACACAGAAACCUGCUAUGAAUACUGAAAGUGAAGCUCCAGGUUUGGUUUCAUCUUUCAUAAAGAAGCCAGUAAGUACAACCAUGAUGGACUGUACAGAAAUCAAUUUGAGCAUGGAUAUGACUGAAGCUCAAACAGGAUGCAUUUUGGGUCAGACGUGCACAGAUGACCCCCUUCAGCGCCUGUCCUCCACACAAGAUCCCAAUUCAGACCAUUUGCGACAAACUGGGAUUGCAUCACAGAGGAGUGGUGAUUUGGGGUUAUCCAAUCCUGAUGACCAGGAAAUUAUGAAUGUGCCAGAUUCUCUUAACUCAAACGAAAGGGAGAACACAGAAGAACCUGAACCAAGAACUACAGCUUUUCUGAUAUCACAGGAUAUGGAAAGUUCACCCAAGGUUGCUGGAAAGGAUGUGGAUGCAUUGUGCUCACGAAAGUCUAGACGAAUCAGUUUAGCUGAUAUUCAGUCAAAAGUAAGGCGUUUGAGUCACAUGAUAAGUGCAGCUCCCGGUGCAGUCGUAACUGAUAACUGCACUGCACCUUUGCAUCAUUUGGAGCAAGACCUGGAGAAAAACUCAAAAGAUAAAACGUUACCUGUCACUGUGGCAGAACCAGAAGCUGAAAUGGAAUUGGUAAACACUCAAGACAAUGCACGAGCUCAGUGUUUUAUAGAAGCAGAACAUCCCAGUGAUGCUAUUACUACAACUCCUUUCAGCUCAAAGACCAAACAGCUUAUGUCAAGAAUCUCACUGGGAGGCUUUAAGCCGAAACUGCCCCAAAAAUGCAAACCUGAUGAGUCAAAGAGAGUGAAAUCUUCAGGAGAGCAUACAAAGACGAUCACCAUCAACGUUGCCAAGGAGCUGAACAACUUUGAUGAUGAUGUUAGUGAUAUUUACGAUGAAGAGUUGGGCAGUUAUGAAGAUAUGUCAGAAGCACUGGACACUAGGAGUCCUCAGAAAAGUCCAGAGUUCAACAUGGUCGAGCCUGUAGAGGACACUGUGUUUGAAGAAGAUGUUAUUAACCCUGUUCAUGGACAAAAGAGACUUCUGCCAGAAGAUAAAACUAAUGUGGGGGAUCAAAAGAGAAUGAAAGCAUCCUGUGUGACUGUUGAAGUGUCAGAGGUCAUAGAGUGUGACAGUAAUAUAACUACAGCUCGUACGACCACACAGACAAUAGAUUCCUCCAGCAAUCACACAGCCAGCAUCAAAUGCGAAACUGCAUCUGAGUCAACUUUUAAACACAGCUUGUUUGAAUCUCAGCUUGAAGACAGUGCUGUUGAUGUGCAGAUGAAACUCAAAGAUGGCACCAUAACAGUCUUGGAGUUCUUUAAACUCUUCGGCAUUGACUUUGUCAUCCAUAAUCCUCGAGAGAGUGUCCUUCCUGGCAGAUUUUUGUCAGACACAGAGGCCUCACCAAUGGAUUUACUGAAAAACCAACAUAUCAGUCGUCCUAAACAGAUGGUUUAUGAGACGGAUGUCUUUAACCUCACAGAAAAGGUUGAAGGGCUGAAGGUGCGAAUGCAGGAUCUAAACAAACCUCUUAAUACUGUCAAUAGAUCUUUGUGGGAGGACAUGAGAUGUGCUUCAGAUAAAGAGCUGAAAUCUUUCGGUGCUAAACUAAAGGAGAGAAAUAACUUCUUCAGAAAAACAAGCAAAGUUCAGUCACAUGAAAUGAAGGAGGUUCUGUACUCAAAUCUUGUGCAGGCGAAUCUCGAGGAGCAGCAGAGGUUAAGAGGAAGAAUUCAGGAAGCGGAUGAGAUGAUAAAAACUCUGAAUGACUGUAUUUGUGAAUUAGAAACAGAAUUUGCUGCAGUUGAAGAAAAAGGGUUUGAAGACAAACCAAGUCUGAAGUCGCUGCAGAAAGAAAUGAAGAGAGUCACUGAGACGACGGCUGAUAAUGAGAGACAAAUAUCUGAACUAGAGAUGCAGAAGAAGCAGAAUUCAAGUAAAGUCAAAAGGCUUCAAGCUGAGACGAGGAACCUGGAGAUUCAUAUGGGCCUUCUGAAUAUGAUGAAUGAAUGGAAGUUCAGAGAAAUGAGGGACAACUGCAGAGUCUUCACUUUCCUCCAUGAGACCAUGCAUCUGCAGCUGGUGUUUGAAAAGGCCAAUGGUGUUGAUGCCAACACUGAGCAGAAAAUAACACACAUCACUUUUAAACUGGAACUCGAUGAUGAGAAGUCACAGUGCCAUGCACGCCUUGUUCACAAAUUGGUCUCCGAGUACAUUGAAGGUGAAAGUUGCUGGGUAAAGAAAUACCCAACAAGAAGACAAGUGCCAAAGCUGCUCCAUGAUGUCAGCCUGGUGGUGAGUCGCUGUCGUCUUCUGGGUGAGGAACUACGUCUCCUGAAACUGUGGGGAGGGCUACGGCUGGAUAUACUCGACAUCAGCUGCAUGGACACCAAAGUGCACAUUGUCUUCAGCAGUCUGAAGAAAUUUUCCAAAUUUGAGGUCAUCUUUGCCAUCUGUCUCAUCAACCACUUCUGUGUCCUGCAAGUAGAGAGCUUUAAAAACUUAAUUGGAAGCACAACGAUUCAACAGAUUGAAGAAAUUGUGGCUUCGGUCACUCCCGCCAAGAACCUGCUGACAAAGACUGUCAGAAAGAUUCAUGAAGUGUUAUUAUGUUCAGACCAGGAAUGAGUCCAGGAUCACAUUUUGAUUCUAGUUGUUUGUAAUUAAACUCUGUUUUACUGUAUAGAGGGGAAAAACUAAAAACUUAAAUUCUUUUACAAAUCAAAUAAUAAGUAUAGUGUACAGAGUCUUAGUCUGGCGUUUCUUCUGA